AUGUUUGUAUAAAUAACUGUAAGAAAUGUUUCGUUCAAAGAUAUUUUCUAUUUUACAAAAUACGAUACACAGAAAUUUAUAUAAUAAUGGACAUCCUGGUAAAUGCGCAUUGUUUUCGUCAAAUACUUCGGAUACAACUUUAACAGAAUCAUCAAAAGAGGCUAUAAAUACAGACAUAAAUGUAGCUUCAGUAGAAAAUUCAACAGAAACUUUAACAGAUACCUCGAGUCAAAUACCAACUAAUAUUUCAACAGAAGCUUCAACAGAAAUCACAACUACAUAUGAAGAUACAGUUCAAGCAUCAUUCACAAAUACAUCCUCUGUUGAAAAGUAUCAACCAGAUAAACUGUAUAAGAAAAUAGAAAUAGAAGUAAGGGGACAUGAUCCUGCUGUAUUAAAAAGUUAUGUAACUUUUACUACUAUGGCAGCAAGACAUUUAGAACUUGAUGUUAGCAAUAUGUAAGUUACAUUUAAAAACAUUUUAAUUUA